AUGAGGCUCCGUGCAAAACAAACUUUCUGCUUUCUACUUUCUGUUUUAUUUGUGGGAGUUGCGGCAGAGCUGCAAGCACCUGAAGUCCACACAAAGCUCGGGAGUCUGAGAGGUCAGUAUGUGAGCGUAAAGGGCAAAGAGACCGGAGUCCACACCUUCCUGGGUGUCCCAUUUGCCAAGCCACCCAUAGGUCCUUCUCUGAGACUGGCUCCACCUCGGCCUGUAGAGGGAUGGAAAGGAGUGAGAGACGCCACCAAGCAGCCAAACAUGUGCACUCAACAGCCAGUGGAACUUUUUGUGGAUAUGUUUGAAAGCUUUGGUAUAAAACUUUCAGAAAUCCCAGACAUUUCAGAAGACUGUCUUUACCUGAACAUCUACACUCCAGCAAACAGAGCUAAAGAUGCCAAGCUCCCAGUCAUGGUCUCUAUCCACGGCGGGGGCUUCAGUAUGGGGUCAGCUUCAAUGGGUGACAGUUCUGCUCUGACUGCAUACCAGGAUGUGGUCGUGGUUGCGAUCCAGUAUCGUUUGGGACUUCUGGGCUUUCUCAGCACUGGAGAUGAGCAUUUAUCAGGGAACUUUGGGAUGCUGGAUCAGAUAGAAGCUCUGAGGUGGGUCCAGCAGCACAUUCACAACUUUGGAGGAAACCCAGAUCUAGUGACCAUAUUUGGGGUGUCAGCUGGUGGAGUGAGUGUAUCUCUCCUGCUCCUCUCACCAUUGUCUGAUGGCCUGUUCCACCGAGCCAUUGCUGAGAGUGGCACAGCUGCAAUGGAUUUACUUGUGUCAAAUAAUCCUGGACCAGUGAUGGAGAUGGUUGGAAAAACAUCUGGCUGUAGCAUCGAAAGCACCAAGAAGUUUGCGGAUUGCAUGAGAAACCUUGAUAUUGACACCAUUAAGGCUCUUGGGGAGAAUCAAAUAUUUACAUUUCAUCCAAAUGUUGAUGGACGCUUCCUGACGAAACCUGUGGAUGAGCUGCUCCAUAAACAUGAACUCCUCACUGUACCAUUCAUGACUGGUGUUAAUGAUGAUGAAGGAGGAUGGAUACUUGCUCAUGUAGGUUUCUUUGCUCCUCCAAACUGGACAGAAGGAAUAGAUCGGGAGCAGCUCACGAACAUGAUGUCCCUCUUUUACCCUGAUCCCAAAGAUGCAGUGAAGAUAGAUAUGAUAACAGAUGAAUACAUUAGAACUGGUGAAGACCGUGUGAAAAACAGAGAUGGAUUGACUGAGAUGAUUGGAGAUUUUAUCUUUAACAUUCCUGCUAUUAAAGUUGCUAAUGGUCACAAAGACGCAGGCGCCACUGUCUACCUGUAUGAGUACCAGCAUCCUCCUUCAUUCCUGAAGAAAAGCAGGCCUAGCUUUGUUAGGAGUGACCAUGGAGAUGAAGUGUUUAUAGUGUUUGGAAUCUGCUUCACAACUACCCAAUUCCAAUUAACUGAUCCAUGCCCUGAAGAGGAGGAAGAAUUGAGCAGAACCGUGAUGAGCUACUGGGGCAACUUUGCUCGCACAGGGUCUCCUAACGGGGAUGGCCUUGCCCAUUGGCCAAAGUAUGGAGCAGAAGAGGAGUAUCUGGCAAUUGGUUUAAAGGAUCAGGUAGUUGGUCGAGCCCUGAAGAAGGACCGGUUUGUGUUUAUGACUCAGACCCUCCCAGAGAAGAUCCGACAACAUAAUGAGAAUAUGGAGAACGCACCUGAAGUUCACACAAAGCUCGGGAGCCUGAGAGGUGAGUAUGUGAGUGUAAAGGGCAAAGAGACCGGAGUCCACGCCUUCCUGGGUGUCCCAUUUGCCAAGUCAAAGGGAAAGACUUAUAACCUCCUGGGUGUGUCUAAGCAGAAGUGUUUUCAGGCCAGGCUGGGUGCAUAA